AUGUCGGUUAUAUUAGCAUCAGCAGGUUAUGAUCAUACUAUUCGCUUUUGGGAAGCCUUAACGGGAGUUUGUUCCCGAACUAUUCAGCAUGCAGAUUCCCAGGUGAAUAGAUUAGAAGUUACAUCAGAUAAGAAGUUUCUGGCUGCAGCUGGAAAUCCAAAAAUUAGAAUGUACGAUAUUCAGUCAACAAAUCCUAAUCCUGUGUCACAUUUUGAGGGUCAUACAAGCAAUGUCACAUCAAUAGCAUUUCAAAUAGAUAAUAGAUGGAUGUGCUCAUCAUCGGAAGACGGAACGGUAAAAGUUUGGGAUGUGCGAUCUCCUAGUGUACAGAGAAGUUACAAACAUGAUUGUCCGGUUAAUGAAGUUGUCAUACAUCCUAACCAGGGAGAACUGAUAAGUUGUGAUCAAAAUGGUAAUGUGCGAGUUUGGGAUCUCAGUGAAAAUAAAUGCACACAUCAAUUGAUACCUGAAGAUGAUGUUUCCAUCCAAUCAGUUUCAGUUGCAUCUGAUGGUUCUAUGCUUGUUGCUGGAAACAAUAAGGGCAAUUGUUAUGUUUGGGAUAUGGAGAACACUGCUAACGAAACUAUUCUCAAACCAGCUCGGAAGUUUAAGGCACACUCCAAAUAUAUAACUAGAGUUCUACUUUCUUCAGAUUGUAGGCAUUUAGCUACAUGUUCAGCAGAUCAUACUGCCAGAGUCUGGUCUACGAUGGAUGACUUUCAACUUGAGACGACCUUACGGGGUCAUCAAAGAUGGGUCUGGGAUUGUUCCUUUAGUGCAGAUAGUGCUUAUUUGGUCACAGCAUGUUCCGAUCAUUACGUUCGACUUUGGGAUUUAAGUACGAAUGAAACAGUGAGGCAGUAUAAUGGACACAAUAAGGGUGUUGUGAGCGUAGCCCUGAACGAUGUUUAA